CUCCGACUUUGAUAGUUCUGUGCUUCGUCAUCUGGUCAUCGGGAGGAUCAGUCUCUGACUUAUCGGUUCCCAAUCGACUCGUUCCCUUGAAGCAACAUUGACCUGUUGUAUCAUGAGCUUCUUACUUUCGUGCCCCUAGGAUGCGUCUCUUGCCUAAGGGCACCGUGGCUCUUACAUACAUUAUGCACGAUUAUAAUUCUAAAUUCUGGCACUCUUGUUGAUCUGAAAUUGGGGAAAUCAAUAUAUGGCGAUGAUGAUAAAUCUAAGGCUUGUUUCUCAGUACAUUCGCAGUUGCCGCCUAAGAGCUUUCACCCUGCCAGGUUUGAAAGCUGAUGCUGCUAAUUCCUUCCUUGGAUGUCUGAGCCAUGCUGAUUUUCCCUAUUUUUUUUAUUUUGCUUCUGCUGGUUUUCGUUUUAGGUUGCCGCCUAAGAGCUUUCGCCCUGCCAGACAUUUGUGUGUUAUUUGCAUACAAACAUCUUUCUUAGUUUUCACAAUUAUAUUAUAUGCUGGUAGUUUGGUUGGUAUGAAAGUGGGAAGUCAAUUCAUGGCGAUGAUGAUAAAACUAAGGCUUGUUUCUCAGUACAUUUGCAGUUGCCGCCUAAGAGCUUUCGCCCUGCCAGGUUUGAGAGCUGAUGCUGCUAAUUCCUUCCUUGGAUGUCUGAGCCAUGCUGAUUUCCCCAGUGUAUCUUUUUUUUUGUGUGCUAGUUUUUGUUUUUUUGGGUUUGUUUUUAUCAUUACCGAUAGAUCGUCUGUAGUAACAUCAUCAUGA